UCUCUCUAGUUCUGUGGUUAGUGUUAUUAUUGGAGAGAGAGAGAGAGAGAGAGUGAGAGGUUGCGAGGAACCCACCUCAGUUUUUCGCUUUCUAGGAAACCAUAUAGGAGCUUGAGAGGGAUAGAUAAAAAAGAGAGGCUCAGAGCCAGAGAGAGAAGGGAUCGCGUUGGAGAAGAAGAAGAAGAAGAGAAGAUGAUGACGAUGAUGAAUAUGAUGAUGAUGAGAGAGAAAGGUCGGCAACGAUAACAAAAGAGCAGAAAACACAGAAGAAAGGUCGUUAUUGCAUUCUCUCUCUCUCUCUCUCUGUGGCUCACUUACUGCUCAGACCCUGCUCUUUCUGGCCCCUCACUUCCCAGAAACUGCUCAGUCCUCUCUCUCUCUCUCUCUCUCACCCCCUCUCUCUCGAUCUCAGAAGCCAACUUUUUUUCCUCAGAAAAGCCAAAGUGACAGUAAGAGUCGUCUAACCAGCAGAAGAAGCAACAGCAGCUGCAGUAAUCUCCUUAAUAGGGAGAUUGGGAGAAAGCCACCCAACAAACAAGAUCUCCGUCCCUUCCUCUCUCUCGUAACUUAUUUCCCAGAGAAUUUCAGAGACCCCACUUACAUAUAUAACGCCUGCAGAGAUACAUCCAUAGAUUCAGUUCAAGAUCACAAAUCUCUCUCUCCAUAUUUCUGUUCUAAAAAUACACUACUGCUAAUAAAGUUUGUGUUUUGUUGACAAAGGGCAUCAGUUGUGGCUACUACAAGGAGGUUACCUUCGGAUUCUGGAGCCUUCGCAGACUGGGCGGCUACGUCCUCUUCAGCCGCGGGCCGCGCCGCCCCUGAUGAGCUCUCCCUUGGCUUCAAUGCCGGACCUACCGCCGCAGGAACCAGCACCGGACCCACCUCUGGAAUGUGGUCCGCUGCGCCCUCCAGGCAAAUCAAUUAUGGCCUCGCUCCCACGGAGAUGGGCAUGGUGGGCCUGCGCGACCUCUUCGUCGUCGCACCUGCCUCAUCUUUCCACCACAACAACCACCACCACCACCACCAGCAGCAUGACCCCAUCAUGUCCGAUCCUCAUUCCAUCAACGGCUCCAACCCCGCCACUGCACUUGGAGUGGGCGUCGGCGUGGGCGUUAUCCCUCUCCUCACUGCUGCUCCUUGCCUCGCGCCAUCGAACAUCGGUGUCGACGAUGAGAACAAUAUGCUGAGUAAUAGGAAUAGGGGUGGUGGAGGAAUUCAGCUCUGGCAGAAUAAUCAGCAUACUCAACAUGGGCAUUAUUUCAAGAAACCCGCGAUUCUUGAUCAUGGUGGGUCUGGGAGUCUGGUGCAAACAGUUGGUGGUGGUGGUAAUGGUGGCGCUGGGAUGGGUGGCUCUACAACGACUUCUUCCACGGGUACGACCACGUGCCAAGACUGCGGGAACCAGGCGAAGAAAGAUUGCAGCCACAGAAGGUGCAGGACUUGUUGCAAGAGUCGCGGUUUUGAUUGCGCCACUCAUGUCAAGAGUACCUGGGUGCCAGCCGCUCGGCGGAGGGAACGCCAGCUCAUGGGCGUGUCCGCUUCUGCUGCCGCUGGUUCUUCUGGCGCUACCUCUGGUGCCAAAAAACCUAGACUCAUCACCUCGCAAACUACAACCAACUCCCAUACUUCCACUUCCAAUACAACUCCCCCAAGAAGCUAUGACACUAGCUCCAGUCAUCAAGAUGGGAGUUUUAAAGAGGCAUUGCCUGGGCAAGUACGUACACCGGCUGUUUUCAAGUGCGUGCGAGUGACGGCGGUGGAAGGUGGCGAGGACCAGUAUGCGUAUCAGGCGGUUGUAAAUAUUGGUGGCCGUGUUUUCAAAGGGUUUCUAUAUGAUCAAGGGGUUGAAACUAGUAGAGAUGGGUAUCCUAAUAUAUCUGAAUUGCAUUUAGGUGGUGGUGGUGAUGGAGGGAGAAAUGUGGUCUCCUCGUCAGCUCCAAUCCUUGACCACUCUGAUGUUUAUGCUGCAUCCGGUGGAGGAUUGCUCGGAGGUUCAAGCUUUGGUAAUCCAAUAAAUUAAUACUUUUUGUUUAAUUAUCGGGUACAAGACAUCUGUCGAUCGGUGGUCUUGGAAGGAAAAUGGCAUUGUAGGCUAAUUCUUCUUCUAUUUACUACUUAAUUAUAUGAUUUUGCUACAAAUGUUUAAUAGUCUUUGAAUCUUAUUAACCCAUAUUAUGCUCUCAA